UUGCAGCAAACAAGCAGUCUGCAUGGUAACCAGAACGAUCUGGUAAUUACUUCAGGAAACUCGUGGGCUCCAAUUCUCCACUGCCGGUUAGCAUCGUGCCUAGCAACGUUAAGUGAAGGCAGUUUAUAUAUUUUUCGGAUGCAAAGUAGCCCUCCAGGGACCCAGCACGAUGGAGCAGAGCGGGGCAGGGAGUUCGACUGAUCACGGACCCGGCUCCGUGGGAACUUUGGAACUGAAAGACGAUCAGGUUCAGCUGUUGGAGGAGAAUUUCGCCCGAAUGAAGCAGCCAGACGCCUCGUCGCUGAUGCUGAUAGCGGCGGAAUGUGGUCUGUCAGAGGCGGAGACAGCGCAAUGGUUUAAGAUGCGCUAUGCAAAGUGGAGACAAUCAGAAGGAUUUCCUCCCGAAUGUGGAUCUGUCAAAGACUGAAGACUGGUAAAUGCUGCCAAAAGCAUCACCAUGGCGUCCAUUCAACAACACUGCAGGCUACUUUCAUGCUGAAUACAGCCUGUGAAGUGAAUGUCUCCUAGUUUAGGAUCUGAGCAUAAUACCUCUUUUCAGUAACUUGGGUUUAUUUUUGUGAAUUUAAAGUAUAAUUGAUUUCAUAUUUUGCUUAGUUUAUUGAGUACUCAUUUACAUUAAUUACAUGCUAAUUUCAGUUUAUUAAUGUGAUUAUUAGGUGAGUGAAUUUGUUUAUUGGGUUUAAGUGCAAUUAUUAAAUCAUUUAUCUGUGAGACAUUAAGUAAUAUAUAAUUUGAAACUGAAGACAAGCACUGUAAGCCUUUCAUGCCCUUUAAAUAAACAAGUCUAUGGUUUUCA